CAUUGAUAGAUGUAUUGGCCUAAGCUUCUUAUACACAAAACAAAGCAACGAUUGACCAAAAUGACCCAGAUGCGGAUACGUAUGAGGAAACUUGCGUUGAAGACAAGGGAGAAAAUAAUGACAACUCCAAGGAAGGAGAUAAAGAGAGAGGCUAGAAGAGAAGAGAAGGCUGAAAAGGCAGCUUUGUUAGAAAAGUCUAUUGAGAAAGAGCUACUGGAGCGCCUUCAAAAAGGAGUUUAUCAACAAAGUGACAUUUACAAUUAUCCUAUUGAACAAUACAAUAAAGUUCUUGAUAUGGACAACCUUCAACCUGCUGAGGAAGAGGAGGAGGAAGCAGAGAUAGAGUAUGUGGAAGGUUAUGAUGAACUUGAAGAGGAAGAUGACAUGGAGGAUUUUGUUAAUUUUAGAAUUGAUGAUGCUGGUGAUGAUGACAAUGAUGAAAAUGCUGGAAGCUCUGAAGAUGAAGAGGCAGAAGCAGCUGCUCAAAGAAGGGUGAAACGGAAGAAUAAGUUAGCUUCAAUGAAAUCUGAGAAGGAUUCUUUUGAUCUUAAACCAAAGAAGGCAAAGGUCCUUGUUGAGGUUGAGCGUGAUGAUGCCGAUGAAAGACAAAGGGAGGUAUCCGUACGGUAGUUGCACUUGGUGACUCGGCACUGGUCAUUGAUAGGAGAGGAAACGAGAGGCGCGAUAGGAGAAACAAAAUUUUGGUUCAGAUUUAUUAGUUUGUUUUGUACCCAGACGAGAAGAAAGCGCAGAAAUUCAUUUUUCUUUUUUUUAUUUUAUUUUAUUUCCAACUUUUGAAGGGCAGUGUUGUCAAAUUUCAUAACACAAGUCUAGGUUGGUUGGAAAUUGGAAUGGUAUGGAGUCCGUUAUAUGACGGAGAGUAAUGAUGUGUACUAAAAUCUUGGAUAACGUGUAACAUGGUGUUUUAGAUCCCUUAAGAACGCUGAGACUCCUUAAGCUAAGACAUGUUAUAUUUUACUAAUAUGAAUGAAUACAAACUCUCUCUAUCCAACAAGCAGAAUAUUUAUAUC